CGGAAACAGCGCGGGCCGGCGGCAAAGCGGCGGCGGCGGGUGCCGCUGUGGGAAGUCGCCUCUGGUGCCGCGCCGGCAUGGAAGCGGUGCCCCGCGAGGAGAAGCCCAACCCGCUGCGGGAUGCCAACGUCUGCUCCCGGCUCUUCUUCUGGUGGUUGAAUCCCUUAUUUAUUACUGGACAUAAACGGAAGCUUGAAGAAGAUGAUAUGUAUAAAGUUUUGCCAGAAGACUCCUCAGAGAAGCUUGGAGAGGAAUUACAGAGGUACUGGGAUAAAGAGGUGCAAAAAGCAAAAAAAGAUGGAAGAACACCACAUUUAACAAAAGCAAUCAUACUCUGUUAUUGGAAAUCCUAUUUAGUUCUUGGAAUUUUCACAAUGAUUGAGGAAACCCUCAAAAUAAUUCAGCCAAUAUUUUUGGGAAAAAUUAUUAAUUAUUUUGAAAACUAUGAUUCCUCUGAUGAGGUAGCUUUGAAUUUUGCAUAUGGCUACGCAGCUGCUCUGUCUGUGUGCACACUUAUUCUAGCUAUAAUGCACCACUUAUACUUCUAUCAUGUACAGCGGGCUGGCAUGAAGCUGAGGGUAGCUAUGUGUCAUAUGAUUUAUCGGAAGGCACUUCGUCUCAGUAAUAUAGCUAUGGCAAAAACUACCACUGGUCAAAUAGUAAAUCUCCUCUCAAAUGAUGUGAACAAAUUUGAUCAGGUAACGAUUUUCUUGCACUUCUUGUGGGCUGGACCAAUUCAAGCUGUAGCAGUGACAGUGCUUCUCUGGAUGGAAAUAGGUCCAUCGUGCCUUGCAGGAAUGGCAGUUCUCAUUAUUCUCCUUCCUAUACAGACCUGCAUUGGGAGGCUUUUUUCUUCACUAAGAAGCAAGACAGCUGCCUUUACAGAUGUCAGGAUUAGGACCAUGAAUGAAGUCAUAAGCGGUAUGAAGAUAAUAAAGAUGUAUGCUUGGGAAAAAUCAUUUGCAGAACUUGUGAAUGGUUUAAGAAGGAAGGAGAUUGCCAUGGCUAUGAAAAGCUCCUACCUUCGAGGGCUGAACUUAGCCUCUUUCUUUGUGGCAAGCAAAAUAACAGUGUUCAUGACCUUCAUGGCAUAUGUGCUGCUUGGCAAUGUUAUCUCUGCAAGUCGGGUGUUUGUUGCCGUGUCGCUGUACGGUGCAGUAAGACUGACAGUAACUCUCUUCUUCCCUGCGGCUGUUGAGAGAGUAUCCGAGGCAGUAGUUAGCAUACGACGAAUCAAGAACUUUCUGAUACUUGAUGAGGUUUCACACUUCAAGCCACAACUGCAUAGUAGUAAUGAGAAUGUCAUUCUUCACGUUCAGGAUUUGACUUGCUAUUGGGAUAAGAGUUUAGAAAGCCCAGCACUUCAGCAGCUUUCGUUUACUGUUAGACGAGGAGAAUUACUGGCUGUGAUUGGUCCAGUAGGAGCUGGAAAAUCUUCACUCUUAAGUGCUGUGCUUGGUGAGCUGCCUAAAGACAAAGGAUUGAUAAAUGUUUCUGGAAGAAUUGCCUAUGUUUCUCAACAACCCUGGGUGUUUUCUGGUACAGUAAGAAGUAAUAUACUAUUUGACAAGGAAUAUGAGAAAGAAAAAUAUGAAAAAGUUCUAAAAGCCUGUGCUCUUAAAAAGGAUAUGGAAUUACUAGCUAAUGGUGACUUAACAGUAAUAGGAGAUCGUGGAGCUACGCUGAGUGGAGGACAGAAGGCUCGUGUAAAUCUGGCCAGAGCUGUGUAUCAAGAUGCAGACAUCUAUCUUUUGGAUGAUCCACUGAGUGCAGUAGAUGCUGAAGUUGGGAGACACUUGUUUGAAAAAUGUAUUUGUCAGGCCUUACAUCAAAAGGUCUCUAUUUUGGUUACUCACCAGUUACAGUAUCUCCGUGCUGCAACUCAGAUUCUAAUCUUAAAAGAUGGUAAAAUGGUGGGGAAAGGUACCUAUUCAGAGUUCCUGAGAUCCGGCAUCGACUUUGCUUCCCUUUUGAAAAAAGAUGAGGAGGGAGAACAGCCAUCAGUUCCAGGUACCCCCAGCCUGAAGACCUCAAGGAACCGUACCUUUUCAGAGUCCUCUGUCUGGUCCCAGGAUUCUUCUAUCCACUCACAAAAGGAUGGAACAGUGGAGCAACCACCCGUUGAAAAUGCACUGGCUGCAAUGCCAGAGGAGAGUCGCUCUGAAGGAAAAAUAAGCUUUAAGGUUUACAGAAAAUAUUUCACUGCAGGAGCCAACUACUUUGUAAUUUUUAUACUUUUACUGUUCAAUAUUUUGGCACAGGUGGCAUAUGUGCUCCAGGAUUGGUGGCUUUCUUACUGGGCAAAUAAUCAAGAGAAGUUGAAUGUCACAACAAAUGGAAAUAAUGGAAUAAAUGAGACUGAACAUCUAGACCUUUACUUUUAUUUAGAAAUAUAUGCAGGUUUAACGGUGGCUACAAUACUGUUUGGCAUAAUAAGAAGUCUUCUAUUUUUUCAAGUUCUUGUUAAUUCUGGUCAGACUUUGCACAACAGAAUGUUUCAAUCCAUUUUGAAAGCUCCUGUGUUGUUUUUUGACAGAAAUCCUAUAGGAAGAAUCUUAAAUCGUUUCUCCAAAGAUAUUGGCCAUCUGGAUGACUUGCUUCCAUUGACGUUUUUGGACUUUAUGCAGACUCUCCUACAGAUUUUUGGUGUGGUAGCUGUGGCUGUGGCAGUGAUUCCUUGGAUACUAAUCCCCUUAAUUCCUCUAUUUAUUCUUUUCAUUUUUCUUCGACGAUAUUUCUUAGACACCUCAAGAGAUAUUAAGCGUCUGGAAUCCACAACUCGAAGUCCAGUGUUCUCCCACUUGUCAUCAUCCCUCCAGGGACUUUGGACUAUUCGGGCUUUGAAAGCAGAGGAAAGAUUUCAAAAAUUAUUUGAUGCACACCAAGACCUCCACUCAGAGGCUUGGUUUCUAUUUCUGACAACCUCGAGGUGGUUUGCUGUGCGUCUGGAUGCCAUCUGUGCCAUUUUUGUUAUAGUGGUUGCCUUUGGUUCCCUGCUUCUUGCCAAGACUUUGAAUGCAGGGCAGGUUGGUUUGGCUCUAUCCUAUGCAAUCACUCUCAUGGGAACAUUCCAGUGGGGUGUUAGACAAAGUGCUGAAGUUGAAAACCUGAUGAUAUCAGUAGAAAGAGUAAUGGAAUAUACAGAACUUGAAAAAGAAGCUCCCUGGGAGACUGACAAGCGUCCACCACCUGAAUGGCCAAGCCAAGGAAUGAUAGCAUUUGAAAAUGUUAACUUCACUUACAGUUUAGAUGGACCUUUGGUUUUAAGACAUCUGUCUGUUUUAAUUAAACCAAAAGAAAAGGUUGGAAUUGUGGGAAGAACAGGAGCUGGAAAAAGCUCUCUGAUAGCAGCCCUCUUUCGACUGGCUGAACCUGAAGGAAGGAUUUGGAUUGAUAAGUACUUGACAUCAGAGCUAGGACUCCAUGACUUGCGAAAGAAAAUUUCAAUUAUACCUCAGGAACCUGUUUUAUUCACUGGAACUAUGAGGAAAAAUUUAGAUCCUUUCAGUGAAUACACCGAUGAAGAGCUGUGGAAUGUCUUGGAAGAGGUACAAUUGAAGGAGGUUGUGGAAGAUCUGCCUAAUAAAAUGGAGACACAACUGGCAGAAUCUGGGUCUAAUUUUAGUGUUGGUCAGAGGCAGCUGGUGUGUCUUGCCAGAGCAGUUCUAAAAAAAAAUCGGAUACUUAUCAUUGAUGAAGCAACAGCAAAUGUGGACCCAAGAACAGAUGAGUUCAUUCAAAAGACGAUCCGAGAAAAGUUUGCUCAGUGCACAGUGCUGACCAUCGCACACCGCCUGAACACCGUUAUUGACAGUGACAAGAUUAUGGUUUUAGAUGCAGGAAGACUAAAAGAAUAUGACGAACCUUACAUUUUGCUGCAGGAAAAAGAUGGCUUGUUUUACAAAAUGGUGCAACAAGUGGGCAAGACUGAGGCAGCUUCUCUGAUGGAAACAGCAAAACGGGUUUACUUCAGUAAGAAUUAUCCAGAAGUUGUUCAGAAUGGUCAGCUGGCCAUGGACUGCUCCUUGGAUCCUUCCUCAGGAGUAUGCAUCACCGAAACUGCACUGUGAUUCCUGACAACCACAGUUGUUUCCUAGAGAACGUAAACUUGAGAUCAUCUGAACUCAGUGACUGAUGGUGUUUGAAAGCUCAGCCGUGGAGAAGAAGGAGGGCAAUUCUUUGCACUGGAUAUCCUUUCUAUUUAAUAUUGAGAAGAAAUGUUUUCUCUGUGCCUGUUUCUUUAAUUUCAGUGCAAUAUAUGUUUUCCUUUUCAACUAAGUAUGUUUUUAUUGCUAAGGAAAUUAGGCAGACUCAGUUUUUAUUUGAAAGCCAUGUGAUAGAGAUGUCUUUUAUUUAAACAGGUGCAGGACACCUAGCAGAUUUAGGGUGCAUUUUGGGAGCCUAUUAAAAAAUUGAGAUGUAUCCUUUUUCUCUUUUGGAAAUACUUUGAGAACAAACAAAACCAAAAUUUGUUCAGGGUCACUUUAACACAAUAACUAGAUCUAAACAACAGAUUUGAUUGUGUACAAUUUAGUUGUCUAAUGCAACUGUAUUUCUACUUGUCUUGCAGAUUGGUAGAAACAAGAAUUAAAC